AUGGCAACCUCUGAACAAUCUAAAUAUCAUCAAUAUGAAGAAAAAGAUGGAGAUUUCUUGGAAAACGGAGAGUCCGACCCGGAAUAUGAUUCGGAUGAUUCGAUGAAGGACCCGAGUUAUAGCAGUACUCUUGAAGAAACCCAUGCCAACUUCUCAAAGCUCUCAAUCAAGCGUAAUUCAAAGACUCGUAUUGCUAAAGAUAUCGAUCUUGGUAGUGAAGCGGACCUUGAUGGGCAGGAGGUGGUUUUACCUGGGCUGGACCAGAAAGAUGAGAAAAGCUUUGAAAUGGUCCAAAAGAUUAUUGAAGCUAGACAAAUUGAGAAAUUGAAAGUGGAGCAAUGUAAGCUGUACCUGAGGAAGAAUGGGUUGAGAUUGACUGGCAAUAAAGACAUGCUCAUUCAGCGGAUUAAGGAGCAUUUAGAGUAA